UUUGAUAACAAGUUGAUUGCCCAGGCAUUGCUGAGAUAUGGAGUUCGACACAAGAUUGCCACGGCAUAUCAUCUGCAGACAAAUGGACAAGCUGAGAUAUCUAAUCGAGAGAACAAGCAGAUUUUAGAGAAAGUGGUGAACCCAAAGCGAAAGGAUUGGUCGCCAAAGUUGGAUGAAGCACUUUGGGCGUAUAGAACAGCAUUCAAAACUCCUUUGGGGAUGUCACCCUUCAAGUUAGUGUAUGGUAAAGCUUGUCAUCUCCCGGUUGAGCUUGAACAUAAAGCUUAUUGGGCUAUCAAGCGAUUGAAUUUCGAUGCUCAACUAGCUGGGGAGCAGAGAUUAUUAGAACUUAAUGAAAUGGAAGAGUUUAGAGCACAAGCAUAUGAGAAUGCUCGGAUAUACAAGGAGAAAACCAAGAAGUGGCAUGACCAAAAACUGAUGCCACGGCAUUUUCAUGUGGGGCAACAAGUCUUGCUUUACAACUCCAGACUUAAACUCUUUCCUGGGAAGCUAAAAUCUCGAUGGUCAGGGCCAUUUGAGGUGCAUUAUGUCUAUCCCCAUGGAGCUGUUGACAUCAAGAGAAUAGACAAUGGGAAAAUUUUUAAGGUCAAUGGCCAGUGUCUGAAAGCCUACAAUGGA